ACUGAUGAUUGCAAGUCAAUAUCAACCUGAAUCUAUUUUGGAUGCUUUAACUCCAUAUUUGUCGGGAUCAAGACCAAUAGUGAUUUAUCACCUUAAUAAAGAAAUGUUAAUUAACACCUGUGUACGUAUGAGGAUCUCUAAAAAUUAUCUUAAUCCACAAAUUACUGAAAGCUGGUUAAGACAAUAUCAGGUGCUACCUGGGAGAACACAUCCAUUUAUGUCAACUAGUGGUGGUGGUGGAUAUUUAUUAACUGCAACAUGUGUAAUAAUAGAUGACGACAGCUCUCCUUCAGUAUCAAAGAAUUCUUCUAAUUCUAAAACUAAUCAAUCAAAUAAUAAUAAUAAUAUCAAUAAUAUCAUUGGAGAAGAAGAUUCAGUAAAGCAUGGAAAAAAACCUAAAAUAGAAUAA